AUGCAGCCAGGCACCAGCAGCUCUCGCCCUUUCAAGCAGAGGAAAAGCCUGGCCACCAGGAUGCACGAGGUGACCGAGAUCAGGGUCAAAUACCCCAACAAGAUCCCGGUGGUUGUGGAACGGUAUGAGAAGGAGAAGACUUUGCCCCCCCUGCACAGGACCAAGUUCCUGGUGUCUCAGGACCUGCCCCUGUCCCAGUUUGCUGUCACCCUGAGGACCCGACUCUGCCUGACCUCCUCCCAGACCUUCUACCUGCUGGUGAACAACAGAGGGCUGCCAAACAUGGCCAUCACCAUGCAGGAGCUCUACCAGGACAGCAAGGAUGAGGAUGGCUUCCUCUACCUGACCUAUGCCUCCCAGGAGAUGUUUGGCAGCUCUUCCCCCUGCAAAUCAGAGGCUGCUUGA